GUGUUGCUCGUCUACUGUCCGCAUCGCCCUUCCACAAGGGGAAGGGUACCCCUCAUGUGCGAUGAAGCGAAGGUCGCGACGGAAAAUUAGGUUCUCUUGCGACGUCCAUGGUUUCUCCGUGUUUCGCAGUCUUUGCUGCUCUAGGAAAGGUUCUACCAAUAGUCUUCCGGUUCUUCUGUGCAGGGUUCUCUCUAAGAAUAGCACCAAACCGCCGGGGCAUACCACAUCUCGUUCCUCACACUCGCACACAGUCCACCAGACGACAACUCAAGAAAAAACCACCAAAAAACACCCCGAGUACAGACUACUGCUCCUCGCAUACCUCCCAAUCCAUCCAUAGGGACCGCCACACUAACCCAAUCCAGGCAAACGAUGACAGGGUGGAUCAACAAAUGCUAAUAAUUAACCUUCCGUAGUAAAGUUAACCCGCAGAUGGUAGUGUACUAAGUACGCCUCGGCUGCCCGU